UUGGGGGAAACGGGGUCUCGGGGUCAAAGGUCACCAGGGCGUGCCAGGUCCCGGAAGCGGAAGCACAGCGCACUUCCGGUGCGCAGCGGGCGGCCAUGUUGGAGCAGCGGAGGCGGCGCAGAGGCGCGUCCUGGGUCCCCGCGGCGGCGCCGGUGCCGAGUGCUGGUUUGCAGAUACCCAGGCAGAUCUGCAGUGCCUAAUGCCAUGAGCGUGGUGGUGCACCAUGUGGAGGAGAAAGCUGUACACUCUUGGUCACGGAUCUCCACGGCAGGGAAGAAGGCCCUGGAGGAGGCGCUGCUUGUCUUUAACCCCAUGAGCCAGGAUCUCAGUGCCACAGAGGCCCAGCUUGUGGCCUUCCUGCAGGGCCUGCGGGAUGAUGGCUUCCAGCCUACCAUCCUGCGCAGUGGUGAUGUCUACGGCUAUAGUUCAUGCACAGCCAGUCCCCCAAGCCAGACGAAGCUGCAAGCUCGUGCCCCCACCCCAGCCACCACAUCACCUCCAGCCAGUGCUCCCCGAACUGCCGUGCGGCUGCCUGCAGGUCGGACCACACUGCUCCCCAUGGCACUGUCUGGCAGGCUGGCCAAAACGUCCACACCAGCCCUCGCCAAGCAUACCACCACCAACCUGCUACUGAGCUCCUUGAAGCAGUCAAGUGCCAGCCGUGCCCGGGGUGCGGCAGUGGGCUUCCCCGCCCACCUGUAUCCAGGUGUCUACCCUGCCAUGAGGCUCUCUGUUGUCCUUGAGGCCCUGGUUCCACUCAAGACUUCCAUGCCCUGCUUGGAUGCCAAGCACAAGACACAGUCACUGCAGCUCUCACUUGCGGACUCUCCCUUGAAGCUGCGGAAAGGUCCAAGGAAGGGCCCAGGGGGUCCUCAGCCCAAAGCUCCCAGAAAAGCCACAAGCAAGGGCCCCAAGUGUCUGAUUCGCAGAGGCCCCAGGGCUGGACCCAGAGGCCGACAAAGUACUGGGCCUCAGAGCAAGACCUACAAAGCCACUAGGUCCCUCAGUGGCCCACGGAUAAAAGGUGUCUCUGCUCUGGGCACCAAAGCAGCCCAGGCCAAGGUGGCUCAAACACAGGCCAAAGCUGCCAAGGCCCGGGCAAAAGCCAAGGCCGCACGGGCCAGAGCCAAGGCCAAGGCAGAGCGGAUCAAGGCCAAAGCCAAGGCAAUGCAGGCCAGGGCCAAGGCCAAGGCAGUGCGGGCCAAAGCCAGGGCAGUGCAGGCCAAGGCCAAGGAGGCUCGGACCCAGCACAGGGGCCGGGGCAGGCCAAAAGGGUCUGUUCAGGGCCGGACUGCAAGGUGGGGCCACAAAAGCUCCCCUGGAAUUGGGGGGCAGAAAAGGAAAAGGACUGAGGAGGAAAAGGAUCUUCCUCCCCGGAAGAGAACACGGCUUGGGCCCCGAACCCCUAAGGCAUGGCUAGGGCCUGGAACAGCAAAGCUGCUGAAUUUCCGGGCCAUCAAGGUGGACAGGUGGUCCUCGGAUGAUGAGGUGCGGCAGCGAGCUCAGCGGAUCCUCCGUGUGAACCUGUCCCCUGUCAUCCAGCUCCAGCCGCUGCUGCCAUACUCAGUGAUUCCUUCACAUAGUAAUGUGUGGGGAAACUGAGCCCAACUGUGUGUGUUGUCAAUGGCACAGUGUGCAAUGCCCGUGGACUCCACAACUCCGAGGACGGGGUGCCUCUCUACGGCCCUGGCAGCCACCAGCCUCCUUUCAAAGACUGGAGGACGUGGGGUAGGGUGGACGGGCGGGAGGGGUGUUAUGGCGCAAGGCACUGUGACUUGUUACUCUUCAAGUUGUAUGUCCACUGUUCCAUCUAUCACGUUUUAUACCUUUCCA